ACCGGAUAUGUAGAUUGGACGAUUAUAAAACUGCGAAGAGAGGGGUCCCUGUGGCUUUGUGUGAUGAGCUAUCCUCAAGGGUCGUCAGCGCUCUGGAACUACUUUUCCCGGCAUUCCCUGCGUGCAAGGCGGAAGCGAGGUGUCCUCCCCACGAGGUGUGAGAUGCCUGGUAUCCAGUUCCUGCCGUUUUCCAUCCUCCUUGGAAUCCUGGGGGUCCUUUGUGUGGGGCUGACGGGGUUCUGGGGCCAACACUGGCUUGGCGGCUUUGCCUGGGAUGGUUCUUCUGAAAUGUUCAACUGGCACCCGGUUCUCAUGGUGACAGGCAUGUUGGUCUUGUACGGCUCAGCGGCACUGGUGUAUCGUGUGCCCCUUUCCUGGGAGGGUCCCAAGCUUCCAUGGAAGCUGCUCCAUGCGGCAUUGACUUUGGCAGCAUUUAUCCUUGUCGUAGUGGGGCUGGUUGCUGUCUUUGAGUUUCACAACAAUAAGAAGAUCCCCAACAUGUACUCACUGCACAGCUGGGUGGGGCUAACUGCUGUGCUGCUCUUCUCCUGCCAGUGGCUAAUGGGGUUUGCUUCUUUCCUGCUGCCUUGGGCCCCCAUCUGGCUGCGGGCCCUCUACAAGCCCAUCCAUGUCUUCUUUGGCUCUGCCAUCCUUUCUUUAGUUAUGGCAGCCUGUCUCUCUGGCAUCAAUGAGAAGCUGUUCUUCAGACUAAAAAAUUCAACAACACUUUAUUCGAAGCUCCCUUCAGAAGCCUGGUUUGCUAACAUCCUGGGGAUGCUGAUCCUGGUUUAUGGUCUCUUAGUAUUAUGGGCUCUUGCUGUGUCUGCAUGGAAGCGCCCAGAUGCAAAUUCACAAGGAAUUCAAGAGCCCUUGCUUCAGGAAGCCAGAUGAAAUGAAGCUACUAAGAGACUAUGGCCCGUGCCUGUGUGCUUAGCCAGCUCUCCACUGAGGUCUGGAGGCCUGUGUCCUUUCUCUUCACUGUGUCCUUCCUGGAACUGGUGCAGUAAAGAUUUUUCUUCUGGCAAGAAGCCUUCUUGCUGGCCCUCCUGGACUGAUGGAUAACUUGGCUUCUUUGCUGGCUUGAAGGGCUCUUGCUGUGGGCUGAGGGACAUUGUCUUCUCUGAACCGCCUGUUCGUUCACUCACUAUUGUGCCAUUAUAUGUGUGAUGUUCCUACAAUUAUAUAGAUUUUUUAUUUUUGUGGCU